UAUGUGUAACAUGUUUCAUGGCAAUAUUGGCAUAGCACCAGCCAUGACCUAGCUAUACUGUUCUCUUUUUAAUUACCCGAUUUAGGAAAAUAUCAGUCGAAUUACUUUGUUGAUUGGUUAAUUAAAAUUUGUGGCUUGGUUAAUUGUGUUAGUUUCUUGGUUAAUUGAAUUGUUUUCUUGUAGAGAUUUCGUGUGCCAUUGAUUGUAAAUUCAGUGUCUCGUAUUUUGGGGUUGUCGAUAUUCACUCUCUCUCUCUCUCCCUUUAUUUAAUCUUACCCAAUUUUAUUAUAAAGUUUACUCUUUUUUUCUGAAUUUGAAGUUGGACGGUUUGGAGAGUUUCACCAUUGCUUUGACUCAUGAGUGAUUUAGGGUUUUAAAUUUGUGGGCUGGUUUCCAGUUUUGGGGAAUUGGCGAGUACUAAUUGGGUAUGAAACUAUGAAUUGAUACUUAUUUUAUUUUACCAGGAAUUGUCGUCAUUCAUUCAACAGUUUGCAACUUUGCAUGCAUUUCUCCAAAUUGAACUAAUAAAAGAGCGAUUAUUUUAAGUUUAGCAGGCAACAUAUUGAGGAAUUCUCUUGCAUCAAUUUUAGACAUUCAGGUUGUAAAAUUAAUUACUUUUUUUUAAUUCUCUGUUUUUCUGUUUCUUCGGCUGCAUCCGGCUUUAAUGGGUGCAUCGGAAAUAGUUGAGCUACAUGCGCGUGUAAAUAUGUGGAUGUGUUGGUUUAUCUUUGAUUGUAAUGAGCUGCAGUGACAUCUUUGGCAAGUGUAUCUCCACAUUGAAUUUCGAUCUAGUUAUAAGCUAUUUCUGAAUGGAGUUAGUUCUGGUUUCAGUUAUCUAGGCAUAUUGACAGUAAGUGUUGCUACACAAGUUUUCUCACUGAUUGAAGAUCUUUCUGAUAAUUAUGAUAUUUAUUUUAUUAUUUCCUAACGAAUGUGGCAGCUUUAUAUAUAACUACAAAAUAACUGUUGAUCAUGGAUCUGGAUUAUAACUUUUUGAUUUUUAAAAAAACUUUUAUUUUAUUUUAUUUUAUUUUAUUUUAUUUUUCGUUGGAUUUUGGUCUGACUUCAUAGGAAUUCUGUGUUUCACCCUUAAAGAGCUUCAAAUUAUUCAGAGAAAUUAUUCAGAGAACAAGGCAGACUAAAAAGAUGGUGUUUAAUGUUAUUCUAGAAGAUGAGUUUCGAGAAAUUGUCCUGAUAUUUUGUAAUAAAUAUUCUGAGGAUAGAGUUCUCGAGUUAAAGUUAGUGAUUGGUGAUUUGAUAAAAAACUUAACUUUUUGUGCUAUGAAAGAAAAAUUUAGCCAAAACAUAUUUUUUGUGCUAAUCCCUCUUCGCAAAUAACAAUUAAAUUCAAUCUGAACUAAUCAUUGUAAAAAUUCCUGAUAAUCCUAGAAUUUCCUUCAGUGUGGGCAUUGGGCAGGCUGUUCUGGAUUACCAACUCAACCCUCAUUACAAAUCAACCACAAAUUUGUGUUCUGAAAAAAAAAUUAACCAAAAACAUAUUGAUUCCGCAUCUUAUAAAAUUUAGUGUAAGCAUUGUGUCAAUACAUUUCCUUUCUGGACCAAAUGACAAAAGUAGUAUCAGGAAUGCUCUUGGAAACUAGAAUUUCUGAAUGAUAAUUAAUUAAUGCUAUAAGAAUGGAUUGAGUUUUGAAAGCCAGCAGGAGCUGUAUAGAUUUUCAGGUUAUAACUUUCAUCAUGGGGUCUGCUUUAUAGGUUAAAUGUAUAUGAGUGCUGUAAAAGUUUUAGACUCCAUUCAGCUAUGGUGAAAGUGAUGCUUUAAAACUAUUGAAAUAGCAUUAUUAGAUGCUAUGUAGUCAAACCUGGUAUAAAUAGUCUAGCAUCAGCAUAGAACUACUAAAAUUGCAUUCUUUUGGCUGAUUACAUAUUUCAUUUUCUCAGGUGCUGUGUCUUAUGUUAAGCUAACCUACUGCUUACUGCCACUUUCAAUUUUACUCUGGGCUGUGGAGGGGCAGGCUCAUUUUUGAAGAUUAUGAUGCACAAUAGCGGCAUGACGUUAUUUUAGUGUUCAAUUAUGGAAGUGCUUCCUUGUGCUCCUCACGUUGGAGAGUCAGAUUGCCCUAAACCUGAACAAGAAACAGCUUUUAAGGAUGAUGGAAAAUCUGGCUGCCAUCAAGGUUCAGAUUAUGUUAGAACAGAUCUCAAAUUUGAUGACUUAACUCUUACUGUUGGAGAAUCUCAUGAAGUAAGAGAAGAUGGAAGUCAGUUUUCAGUCGAGGGUUUCCCUACUUUAAAUGGUGGCUCUAACGAGGAUGAUUUUGCUGAACCUUGCCAUAUAUUAGAAAACUCUCACCAAAUCUCGAAUACAAUUGGAGGCGGAGUGUCAAGUAACCACCAGGAGGGUUCACCUCAUUCGGAAAUCAAUGGCCUAGAUGAGCCCCAAGCAGUUUGGGUAAAGUGGAGAGGACAGUGGCAGUCAGGGAUUAGAUGUGCAAGGGCUGACUGGCCAUUAUCCACUCUAAAAGCAAAGCCAACUCACGACAGGAAACAAUAUCUUGUGAUAUUCUUUCCUCACACCAGAAAUUAUUCUUGGGCAGAUGUACAACUAGUUCGUCCUAUCGACGAAUUUCCCAAUCCCAUUGCUUACAAGACGCACCAAGUUGGUAUAAAGAUGGUUAAAGAUUUGACACUUGCGCGUCGUUUUAUCAUGCAGAAGUUGGCUGUGGGGAUGCUUAAUAUUCUUGACCAAUUAAAUCGCGAGGCUUUGAUAGAGAGUGCUCGUGAUGUGAUGGUCUUGAAGCAUUUUGCCAUGAAGGCCUCGCACUGUAAAGAUUAUUCAGACCUUGGAAAGAUGCUUUUGAAACUUCAGAAUAUGAUACUGACGCGUUGCAUAACUUCAGAUUGGCUACUCAAGUCUUUGGAGUCUUGGAAACAACGAUGUCAUGAUGCAAAUAGUGCAGAAUGCAUAGAAAUGCUAAAAGAGGAAUUGUCAGACUCCAUCUUAUGGAAUGAAGUAAAUUUACAAUCAAGUGAAGCAGCACAGUUGGAUGGGGGAUCUGACUGGAAGAGCUGGAAAUCUGAGGUUAUGAAAUGGUUUUCAGUUUCACAUCCUAUAUCUACAGACGUGGCUUUGGAACAACCUGUUAGUGAUAGCCCAUUGACCAUGGAACUUCAGACGCCUAAGAAAAGGCCCAAGCUUGAGGUUCGUCGUGCUGAUACGCAUGUGUCUGGUACGUCUGGUACACAUCAAUCUGUUCCUGUUGAGACUGAUGCCUCCUUUUUUAAUGGGUACAUGAAUUCGGCAUUGCUGGAAGCUGAAACUUUAAAAAGAAACAGUCCCGUUGAGGUUGCUGACCUAGCAGGAUCUACUAGUUGUGCAGCUAAUAGUUGGAAUGAUAUAGUAGUUGAGGCUGGAAAUGUGGCUGUUACUAAGACUACUACAGAUGUGGACCUGACUCCUUCCAGUGUUGUUACUCAUAAGUUCUCAGAAUCAGGAAAUCAUAAUCGACAAUGCAUGGCAUUCAUUGAAGCUAAAGGAAGACAAUGUGUGAGGUAUGCCAGUGAGGGAGAUGUAUACUGUUGUGUGCAUCUUUCCUCUCGUUUCAUUGGCAGUUCUGCUAAAGCCGAAGCAACACCUCCCACCGACCCACCAAUGUGUGGAGGUACCACGGUGCUCGGAACUAAAUGCAAGCACAGAGCUCUAAUUGGUUCUUCAUUCUGCAAGAAACACAGGCCGCAUGAUGGAAAAAACAUUUCAUCUCCUGUUAAUAAACUUAAAAGAAAAUUUGAAGAAAAUCUUAUGUAUUCAGAGGGUACAGGUCCUAUUAAAUUGGUUCUUUCCAGAGAAGAUGCAAAUCCUGCACAUCUAGACCCACUGUUGUUGGAUAGGGGAAAACACCACCCUCAAGAAAGCAGUGUCAGUGAGAAGACCGAGCAGCCUCAACAAAACUCACCUAGUGAUGAAACAUUGCAAUGCAUAGGUUCAUGGCCCCAGGUUGGUGAACCCUGUCUCGAGAGUCCCAAAAGGCACUCCCUAUACUGCGAUCAACAUAUACCAAGCUGGCUUAAACGGGCAAGAAAUGGAAAGAGUAGGAUAGUUUCCAAGGAGGUGUUCAUGGAGCUUCUGAAAAAUUGUCAGUCAAGGGAGCGAAAAUUGCAAUUACACCAGGCAUGUGAACUUUUCUACAGGCUUUUAAAAAGCAUAUUAUCUUUGAGAAAUCCAGUACCUAAGGAAGUACAAUUUCAAUGGGCUAUUGCUGAAGCUUCGAAAGACACCAGAGUAGGGGAAUUUUUAAUGAAAUUGGUCUUCAGUGAAAAGGAGAGGUUAAAGAAGCUAUGGGAUUUUGGAGAUGGUCAAAGCUUGCAAGCUUCAUCAACCGUUGAAGAUUUGGUGCCGGUUCAGGUGCAGAUGCUUAAAGAUAGUUGUGAAGAAACUGUGAUUAAGUGCAAAAUAUGCUCAGAGACACUUACUGAUGACCAAGCACUUGGAAAGCACUGGAUCGAGAGCCACAAGAAAGAAGCUCAAUGGCUAUUUAGGGGCUACGUGUGUGCAAUUUGCCUGGAUUCUUUUACUAACAGAAAGAUUUUGGAAACUCAUGUGCAAGAGAGGCAUCAUGUACAGUUUGUGGAGCAGUGCAUGCUUUUGCAGUGUAUUCCAUGUGGCAGUCAUUUUGGGAAUCCAGAUGAGUUAUGGUCGCAUGUGCUCUCAGUUCAUUCCUCCAAUUUACGUUUGUCUAGUACUGCUCAACAGCAAGAUACCAGUUCAUUGCACACAAUAGAGGGAAACGUGUUGGGUUCUGUAGAACAUGCAAAGUUUGACAAUCAGUCGGUUAACCGGAGAUUCAUUUGCAGGUUUUGUGGCUUGAAAUUUGAUUUGUUACCUGAUCUUGGUCGCCAUCAUCAAGCUGCUCAUAUGGGAGAGCAAACCUCCAGCGGUCCCCGUUUGAAAAAGAAGGGUAUUCAAUUUUAUGCCCAGAAGCUGAAAUCAGGCAGACUGACUCGUCCUGGAUUUAAAAAGGCUUUGACUUCAGCAUCAUAUAAAAUUAGGAAUAGGAGUGUGCAAAAUUUGAAGAAGCGUAUCCAGGCGUCGAGUUCUAUUGUCCCAACUGAGAUCAUGGUGCAACCUUCUGUACCGGAUGCUGCUACUCUUGGUAGAUUGGCAGAUUCUCAGUGCUCAGCUGUUGCUAAGUUACUAAUUUCUGAAAUAAAAAAGACAAAACUGCGGCCCAAUAAUUCAGAAAUUCUGUCAAUUGCCAGCUCAGCUUGUUGUAAGGUUGGUUUGCAAGCUUCAUUAGAGGAAAAGUAUGGAGUCCUGCCUGAAAGGCUGUACCUUAAAGCUGCCAAACUAUGCAGCGAUCAUAACAUUAUAGUUGAAUGGCACCGAGAUGAUUUUAUUUGUUCUAAAGGGUGCUUGCAAAGUGUUAAGUUUCCCUUUUUGUCUCCGCUGGGGCCAUCAUCAGACAAUUCUUUCAAGACUAGAUGUUCUCCCGAACCUAACCUUUUGAGUUCAGAAUGGACAUUGGAUGAAUGCCAUUGUGUUAUUGAUUCCCAGCACUUUUCCAUGGAUCUCUCUGAGAAAAAUGUUAUUUUAUGUGAUGACAUAAGUUUUGGACAAGAACCCAUGCCGAUAGCUUGUGUGGUGGACGAAAAUAUUUUGAAUGCCGAGGGACCUGAUGGGCAAAGUACAGAGUACUCCUUUCCUUGGGAAAGCUUUACUUAUGUUAGAAAGCCAUUGCUUGAUGAAUCCCUUGUUCUUGAAUCAGAGAGUUUGCAAUUGGGGUGUGCUUGUGCUCAUUCAACAUGUUCUUCUGAAACAUGCGAUCACGUGUAUCUUUUUGACAAUGAUUAUGAAGAUGCAAAAGAUAUCUACGGAAAGCCUAUUUACGGAAGGUUUCCAUAUGAUGAGAGAGGUUGCAUUAUAUUGGAGGAGGGUUAUCUUGUUUACGAGUGUAAUCAGAGGUGCAGUUGCAGCAGAGCUUGCCAGAAUAGGGUUUUGCAAAAUGGAGUGCAAGUGAGGUUGGAAAUAUUUAAAACAGAGAGAAAGGGUUGGGCAGUAAGGGCUAGGCAAGCAAUUCCUUGUGGUUCAUUUGUCUGCGAGUACAUUGGUGAGGUUAUAGAUGAAAAGGAAGCAAAUGAGAGACGCAGCAGGUAUAGUACAGAAGGUUGCGGAUAUUUUUAUGAGAUUGAUGCUCGCAUCAAUGACAUGAGUAGACUAAUGGAAGGGCAGGUCUCUUAUGUGAUUGAUGCCACAAAUUAUGGAAAUGUUUCUCGUUACAUUAACCACAGCUGUUUGCCCAAUCUCGUGAAUCAUCAAGUUCUAAUAGAAAGUAUGGACAGUAAGCUGGCACAUAUCGGUCUCUAUGCCAGCCGAGAUAUUGCUUUGGGUGAGGAAUUGACUUAUGAUUUCCGAUACAAGCUGUUGGCUGGAGAAGGAUGCCGUUGUGAAUGUGGGGCUUCGAAUUGCAGGGGAAGGCUUUAUUAAUGUGUUAAGAGGAUGAGAAGAUGGUUCAGUGAUGGAUUGAAGCUUAUGCAAUCUAACGUAGCUUACAGUUAGUGCCAUGAAUUCAAUGUAUUAUUUUCAGUUUGAUUUUUGCAUAAUGCAGAUGCUUUUAUUUCCUCUAA